AUUUGUUUAUAUCAGCUGAUUUACAGGUUGACAUUUGUGGCUACGAAUAUUCAUAAAUUUUUAAAAAUAGACUGAAAAGCAAAGCAAGCAUAGAAAUAGUUUUUUUUUUUCAUUAUUAUAAACAGAGCAAAAAGUUUAAAUUAUCAGGAUGGGGCUGCUCUUCAUCCUUAGCUACGUAGGAAUAUUUUUUCAAGUCUGCUUCAUCACGAUCGCUUUAGCCGCAGGACUUUAUUAUAUUAGUGAACUAGUCGAAGAGUAUUCAGAGAAGUCAAAGAAAGUCAUCAAGACAGUAACAAACAUCACAAUCAUCAUCUACAUCCUCUUCAUCUUCACCGAGAGCUUCCCAUACACAGUAAUAAUCUUUGGAAUUCUCGCGCAACUCUCACAUCUCCUCAUCCUUAGGACAUUUCCAGAAGUUCGAAUUUUCUCAUUCGAGUUCAUUGCAGCACUAGUCUUGCUAUUCGUGAAUCACUAUCUGGCUUACAACUUUUUUCAAGAGUAUUUCUACACAAUAUCAGAAAUUCUUGGAUAUUUCACAUUAUGCCUUUGGUUGGUGCCAUUUGCACUGUUUGUGUCGCUUAGUGCCAACGAUCAGACAUUACCGACAUAUCAGGACACAACGUCAGCUAAUUCUAGUGAAAAUGAUGUCGUGACGAAUUAUUUUUCAUCGAAAAAGAGAAAAAAUUUGUUAAAUUUCUUUAAAAAUGCAAAAGAGUCGGUGCUGCCGAUGCGAUCGAAAAAGUCAUUUUAGAAUUAAUAAUUAAAAAAAAUAUUGUUUGGUAGGAAAUUUGAAGGGUUUGUUGAUUUUGUGGGAGGUGGGGUAUCAGGGGGGGGGGUGGGAUUUAUUGUUACCUGUCAAUGUUCUCUCUUCUUUUUAGGUUCGGGAAGCUAGGAGGGAUGGUAUAAAUUAGGGUACAACUAAAGUGAACUUAGGAUAUGCCAAAUGAUCCAGUUUAGUCAAUCGGAUCUUGCCAUUACUCAAUCCUGAAUUUACAGCACUUAAAUGACUAUGAUUUCCUUAUUAAGAUGUCACGUUGUUUUUUUUGUACCCUUAAACCAGGGUUGCUAUACAGGCACCCGUGCACAGAUGAGAACCGUACAAUUCCUUGAUAAUUUGUGAGGUUUUAUUAGAAUUUGUAUGGUUUUGUUAGAAAAACCUUAUAAGGGGCCGUUCACUUAUGACGU